AUGCCGUUAUUUGAAAAGAAAAAGACGACUGAGGAAAUUAUGAAAGAACAAAAGAAAGAGCUCCGAUCGGGCACAAGAAACAUGGAUCGUGAAACCUAUAAAUUAAAAUUGGAAGAACAAAAGUUACAAACACAAGUGAAAAACGCUCUGCAGAAAGGAGAUCAAGCAACAGCAAAAGUAUUGGCGAAACAAAUUGUUCAACUUCGGAAGCAACAAGAACGAAUGACCAAAAUGAAAGGAACAAUGAAUACUGUACAAUAUAAAGCCUCUAGCAUGCACACACAAGAAAAGAUGAUGGGUGCAAUUAAAACUACGGGAACAGUCAUGAAGAAAAUUAAUGAACAAAUGAAUCCACAAGAAAUGCAAAAGACCAUCAUGGAAUUUGAAAAGGCAAAUGAAAAGAUGGGAAUGAGUGAAGAAAUGAUGGACGACGCUCUUGAGAAUUUGUUUGAAGACGACGAAGAAGAGGUCGAUGAAGCAAUGGAACAAAUUUAUGAUGAAAUUGGAUUGGACAUGAGUGGAAAACUCUCAAAAGCAAAAACAGGUACCUCUAGUUUGAAAGUUAAGGACAAGGAUCUUGAUGAAAUUGAGGAUGACGAUGAAUUACUGAGACGAGUGAUGAAUUUGAAAUAA